AUGGAAAAACUCUGCAAUGGAAAUGAAGAAAAGCUGGAAGGCAAGGGAAAGCCAGAAGAUGAAGUAGAGCCUGAAAAUGAAGGAAAGUCACGUGAGGAAGAAAAGCCAGAAGUGGAGGGGAAGACAGACAUGGGAGAGCUCCAGAAUGAGGGACGGCCAGAAGAGGAGGGACAGCCGGAAGAUGAGGGGAAGAGAGAAAAGCAGGGCAAGUCUGAAGCUGAGGGAAAACCACACGGUAAAAGCAAGCGGAAAUCCCAGGCAAAGCCAGAGAGUCAGCCGCGGGCUGCCGAAAAGCGCGCCGCUGAAGACUAUGUGCCCCGGAAAGCAAAAAGAAAAACGGACAGGGGGACUGACGAUUCCCCCAAGGACUAUCAGGACAACUUACAGGAAAGGCAUCUGGGCAGUGAGGAGAUGAUGAGAGAAUGUGCAGAUAUGUCAAGGGCUCAGGAAGAGCUAAGGAAAAGACAGAAAAUAGGUGACUUUCAUUGGAUGCAAAGAGAUGUACAGGAUCCAUUCACCCAAGGGGCCAACGGAGUGUCGGGGGAAUGA